CGCCCGCUUCGGGGUUUUCCGACCACCCGCCAGGGCCCGAGGGGCGGGGGGCCAGCGGCCGGAGCGCUCGCCGCAGGGCACACCUCCCCACCGCCGCGGCCCCUCCAGGCGCACGCGCAGACGCCGCCGCCUCCGGGAUUUAGUCCGCGAUGGCGUCCCUCGCGUCCCACCGUCUUCCUCCCAAAGGUAGCUCCCACCCUUCGCAGCCUGGAGUCCCUGGGACCAGCCUCCAGCAGGCUGCCGACCAGGACUACCCCUAAACUGGAACCACAGUGGCCAGACUUGAACGUGAAGACAAGAAGCGGCAACCGGAAAAGGCUGCCGGGCCGCGAGAAGGCGAGCCAGGCCUCAGAGGAAGAGGAAGGCCGGACUGAGCCGAGCUGUCACGAUCGGAGGGGGGACUCGCAGCCUUACCAGGGGGGUGAUGUUUUACAGGCACUUAAGUAUUCAUCGAAGAGUCACCCCAGUAGUGGUGAUCACAGACAUGAAAAGAUGCGAGACGCCGCAGAUCCUUCACCACCGAAUAAAAUGUUGCGGAGAUCUGAUAGUCCUGAAAACAAAUACAGUGACAGCACAGGUCACAAUAAGGCCAAAAAUGUGCAUACUCACAGAGUUAGAGAGAGGGAAGGUGGGACCAGUUACUCUCCACAAGAAAAUUCACACAACCACAGUGCUCUUCAUAGUUCAAAUUCACAUUCUUCUAAUCCAAGCAAUAAUCCAAGCAAAACUUCAGAUGCACCUUAUGAUUCUGCAGAUGACUGGUCUGAGCAUAUUAGCUCUUCUGGGAAAAAAUAUUACUACAAUUGCCGAACAGAAGUUUCACAGUGGGAAAAACCAAAAGAGUGGCUUGAAAGAGAACAGAGACAAAAAGAAGCAAAUAAGGUGGCAGUUAAUAGCUUCCCAAAAGAUAGGGAUUACAGAAGAGAGGUGAUGCAAGCAACAGCCACUAGUGGGUUUGCCAGUGGAAUGGAAGACAAGCAUUCCAGUGAUGCCAGUAGUUUGCUCCCACAGAACAUUUUGUCUCAGACAAGCAGACACAAUGACAGAGACUACAGACUGCCAAGAGCAGAGACUCACAGUAGCUCUACGCCAGUACAGCACCCCAUCAAACCAGUGGUUCAUCCAACUGCUACCCCAAGCACUGUUCCUUCUAGUCCAUUUACGCUACAGUCUGAUCACCAGCCAAAGAAAUCAUUUGAUGCUAAUGGAGCAUCUACUUUAUCAAAACUGCCUACACCCACAUCUUCUGUCCCUGCACAGAAAACAGAAAGAAAAGAAUCUACAGCAGGAGACAAAUCAGUAUCACAUUCUUGCACAACUCCUUCUACGUCUUCUGCCUCUGGACUGAAUCCCACAUCUGCACCUCCAACAUCUGCUUCUGCAGUCCCCGUUUCUCCUGUUCCACAGUCACCGAUACCUCCAUUACUUCAGGACCCAAAUCUUCUUAGACAGUUGCUUCCUGCUUUGCAAGCCACACUGCAGCUCAAUAAUUCUAACAUGGACAUAUCCAAAAUAAAUGAAGUUCUUACAGCAGCUGUGACACAAGCUUCACUGCAGUCUAUAAUUCAUAAAUUUCUUACUGCUGGACCAUCUGCUUUCAACAUAACAUCUCUGAUUUCUCAAGCUGCUCAGCUCUCUACACAAGCCCAGCCAUCUAAUCAGUCUCCCAUGUCUUUAACAUCCGAUGCCUCAUCCCCAAGAUCUUAUGUGUCUCCAAGGAUAAGCACACCUCAAACUAACACCGUCCCUAUCAAACCUUUGAUUAGUACUCCUCCUGUUUCAUCACAGCCAAAGGUUAGUACUCCGGUAGUUAAGCAAGGACCAGUGUCACAGUCGGUCACGCAGCAGCCUGUAACUGCUGACAAGCAGCAGGGUCAUGAACCUGUCUCUCCUCGAAGUCUUCAGCGCUCGAGUAGCCAGAGAAGUCCAUCACCUGGUCCAAAUCACACUUCAAGUAGUAAUGCAUCAAAUGCAACAGUUGUACCACAGAACUCAUCUGCCCGCCCUGCGUGUUCCUUAACACCUACACUUGCAGCACACUUCAAUGAAAGUCUCAUAAAACAUGUUCAGGGCUGGCCUGCAGACCACGCAGAGAAGCAGGCAUCAAGAUUACGUGAAGAAGCCCAUAACAUGGGUAGUGUUCACAUGUCAGAAAUAUGUACUGAAUUAAAAAACUUAAGAUCUUUAGUCCGAGUAUGUGAAAUUCAAGCAACUUUGCGAGAGCAAAGGAUACUGUUUUUGAGACAACAAAUUAAGGAACUCGAAAAGCUAAAAAAUCAGAAUUCCUUUAUGGUGUGAAGAUGUGAAUAAUUGCACAUGGUUUUGAGUACAGGAACUAUAAAUUUAUUGCCCAAUCUUAACAUUUUUGAGCUGCAUUUAAGUAGGCUUUGGACCGUUAAGCUGGGCAGCAAAAAUGGCAAGGGGGUAGGGUCUGUGAGAGUCAAUUCAGGGGGAAGAUACAAGAUUGAUUUGUGAAACCCUGAAAUGUAGAUUUCUUGUAGAUGUAUUCUUCACGUUGUAAAUAUGUUUUGUAGAGUGAAGCCAUGGGAAGCCAUGUGUAACAGAGCUUAGACAUCCAAAACUAAUCAAUGCUGAGGUGGCUAAGUACCUAGCCUUUUACAUGUAAAACUGUCUGCAAAAUUAGCUUUUUUAAAACAAAAUUGGGGGGGUUAAUUUAUCAUUCAGAAAUCUUGCAUUUUCAAAAAUUCAGUGCAAGCGCCAGGCGAUCUGUGUCUAAGGAUGCGAUUUUGAACCAUAUGGGCAGUGUACAAAAUAUCAUGAAACAACUGUUUCCACACUUGCACCUGAUCAAGAGCAGUGCUUCUCCAUUUGUUUUGCAGAGAAAUGUUUUUCAUUUCCCAUGUGUUCCAUUUCCCUCUUAAAUCCUUGAUCUGAUUUUACCCAUUUUUUAAGACUCCUUUCUUAAGGCACUGUUGCUAUGGCACUUUUCUAUAACCUUUUCAUUCCUGUGUACAGUAGCUUAAAAUUGCAGUGAUUGAGCAUAACCCACUUGUUUGUAUAAAUUAUUGAAAAUCCAUUUGCACCCUGUAAGAAUGGACUUAAAGUACUGCAGAGCAUGUGUGCUGAAAGUACACCAGUUGCUCAAUUAUAAGGAAAUGGCCCAAUGAACAUGGUUGUGGGGAGGGGAAAGAGGAAACAAAGCUAGUCAGAUGUGAAUUGUAUCUGUUGUAAUAAACACAUUAAAACAAACAAAAAAUUGUUAUUUUUCUUUUCCUUCGGUCAAUGCACAUUAGAAUUUAAACUACCUGGGGAUUCUUUAUCAGAACUAUUCUUGUUGAAUAUUUAUACUUAAUGGAAAUAAUUCCUAAAGGAACAUUUUGUUCAGAACAUAUUAACAAGAAAUUGUGUAUAAGAUAUUUAAUGAAAAUGAAAUUCAACAAGAACGAUUAAGUCACUUCCCAAGUGGUUGUCAUUUGUUAAGCCCUGGUUUACCUGUCUUGCUAUUAUGACGUUUCAUUUUGAAGGAUGUUUGUGUUGUAGCUAACUGUUCAAGUCUGGUGCUGACUGCUGUUCUUAGCCAUCACAAAAUGCUAAAUUUGUGUAAUUGGAGCUUCCUGCUGUUAUCUGGAAAUAGUGGGAAAGCUCAGCUUUGUAUAUUGUUUCCUAAAGUAUAUUAAAAUAAAAAAAGAAACUAUUGCUACUAUAAAAUUACCUUGUUUUUUUUUCUUUGCUAAAAAUACUAAGUCAUGUGGCCUUAGUAUGACACUACCAGUAUUGUAUCAAAUGUUCUGGUCCACAGAAAAAUAUACUGCAAACUUUUAACCUGUAAUUUAGCGGGCUUCUCCAGGUGGUGGUUGAGGCAGAUGAGUGCUUCCAGAACUGCCAGCACCAUGGGCUCAGCUCUGAUGGUUUGCAUCUACAUCAGUGUUAACUACUUCGAGAUACCAACUUGAAUUUCAGAAUUGCUCUUGUGCUUUCAUUAUAUUUAAAUUAUACAGGUUAACAACAGUUGGAUUUUUCCAGUUAAUUUCACAAGUAAACUAAGCUUUUGUUGGUAUUUUCAGAAAUAGAAAAAUAUUUCCCUCUAAUAGAGAGGAAUUUAAGUCAUACUGGAAGCUGAUUUUUUUUCUCUUGUGACUUAAUAUUUUUUAAAUGUAAGAAAAGAGAAAUGCCAUGAAUUAUGUUUGUCAUGAAAUGUUCAUGCCUGUGAUUAUUGCCAUUUCCUGGACUUCAUUAGUGCAUGUAAACGAAACCCCAAAGAGCUGUUAAGCUAGAACCCUUACUGUAUCUUUCCUAGGAGCAGCUGAGCAAUUUAUAAUGAAAGAGGGUGAAUAAACAUUCAUAUGACAACUUGUGAUUUAGGUAAAUAAGAAUUUGAUUUGCUAAUAGCUUAUGUCACACUUUUCCUUUGUUUAAAAAAUGUUUAUAUCCCUAAGAAAUUAGUUAUAUAUACUGGGGAGAAGAUGCCUACUUGGAAUUUUCUUGGUGAUAGAUUUUUUAAUGCUAGAUUUUCUUGUGGCAAUAUUUUUAUAAUAUUUGCUCCACUUACAAUUCUGUGUAAAUGAUUUUAAAUAUUGCACUUUAUAAUGUAAAUAUGAUAUCCAGCUCCUAACCUGCUUGAAAUGACUAGGGACCAUAUAUUAAAAUAGACACAGUGUUUAGUUGGCCCACUGCUAUGGAAUUGAGCAUGUACCUCAGUUUGGAUAAUGUGAAAAUAGAAGUAGCCCUCAGGAAUUUUAGGACAUUUUCUGUUUAAAAAAAAAAAAAAAA